AUGCCCAGUGUGGCAGAAGAGGAACCUGCUGAUCAGUCUCAAUUUGAAAGAAAUAAAAUAUUCAUUCAAGGGCUGGGUGAAAAAACCUCACGGGAAGGACUGGUGAACUUUAUCAAGGCAAAGAGUGGUAAGGAAGAGGUUAAGGACGUACAGAUGCUGAAGAAUGGAAAAGCCUUAGUCACCAUGGCUGAUGAAAUCAAAGGUACGUACCUUUCAACUGAAUUUCGAGAUUUAGCAGGAAUUUCUCUAUUCUAUGUCUAUGAUCUGUUCGUGAGUUAUCGGGGAUGAAAGUCCACGCCAGCUCAGUUUCAUCCUCUCAGUUUUACGCGGUGAAUUUACCUUCAAAUUAUGUGAAACUAACUUUUCAUUGAUUAGAAUUGUUGUAUGCUUAACUAGUACGUGAAGAAUUAAGAUGCCUUAUUUUAGGUGAUCCAACGUAUUUAGACGUUUCGAUUUUCUUCUCCAAACUAUUAAAAUAAUACAGAUCAAAGUAAGCAAUCCUGUAUUAACACCUUCACUGACUUUUGGGGCGCUUGUAAUUGGCUGUAUUUCCUUUUUUUUGUUAGUUGACUUUGAGAGGUAUAACAUGUAUCUCAAGGCCACCAUUGAUAAAUACUGACUAGUCCCUCACUUUUUCAUUCACAGACGGCAACGAUGUAGAAGAAGAAAAAAAAGAAGAAAAAAAAGAAGAAGAAGAAGAGGAAGAAAGAAAGGACGAGGAAACAGAAGAGGAAAAAGAAGAGAAAAAAAUAAAAGAGGAGAAACAAGAAGAGAAAACAGGAGAAGAAGAAGAGGAAAAAGAAGAAGAAGAAAAACAACAACAACAACAACAACAACAACAACGAGGAGAAGAAGGAAAUAAAGAUCGUGGUGACUUUGUUGACAAAGGGGAUGAAGAAAAAGAAGGAGAAGAAGAAAAAGAAGGAGAAGAAGAAAAAGAAGGAGAAGAAGAAAAAGAAGAGAAAGACGAGGAAAAAGAAGAAGAAAUAGAAGAGGAGAAAGAAGAAGAGAAAGAAGAAAAAAAAGAGGAAGAGGAAAAAGAAGAAAAAGAAGAACAACAACAACAAGGAGAAGAAGGAAAUGAAGAUCUUGGUUCUUUUAAUGUCAGUGACUUUGUUGACAAAGGGGAUGACGGAGUUCGUGAAACAGUUGAGAAGAAUGUUGACAAGGAGUUGGAUUUUUCAUCUGUUGUCGACAAGAACGAGCAAGAAGGGCUGAAGAAGGACGAAGAAGACCCAGGAGAAUUUGAACAAAAAUCAAAACAACUGCAAGAGGUAUUCAGUUGUUUGCCACUAGUUCUUAUCACGACAGUUCUCCGUCAAGAUGACGUGAAAGGAAAUAUGGAAAGAGCACGUCAAAACCUACAAAAGUUUCGAGAUACGGAGAAUCCUGCGGACGUUUUUAAAAAUCCAGCUGAAAGAAGGCCAUUGAUUACGAAACCUAAAGGAAAAUUUGAAGAUCCUCUAACACACGGCCCUAUUAAGCAAGCUUGGGUGGCAGGGGACAAAUCUUCCGGAGGCCCUGAACACGAAAGUAAUAGAGGGAAGAAAAAUAGAAGUAGGCCAAGAGAAAAAAAUCAAACGCAAGGGCAACAUGGCGAUGCAGAACGACAAGAUGAGCGAAGAAAUGGUUGUGAUAGCGAUAAAUCGGAUCAAAAUGAGAGGAACCAAGCUUGUCGAGGCCACAACUCAAGGCAAAGAGGCAACACAAGAGCAGGACCGGAAAGGGGACCCAGAGGUGGGUUUUACAAGGAUCCAAACAACACCCACGUGCAUAGAGAUGAUCACUCUUAUACCCCUCAAGGACAGUGGUUUGAUCACCAAAACGCCUUCCCGUCGCAGAGAGGACGUGAAAACCAACGAGGACAAGGAGGUUGCUUUCGCCAGGACCCAACUGCAGGAAAUCGAGAUUAUUUGCUUUAUGAAUCUCAGGAACGGCACUUUGGCGAUGAAGGCAAUUCUCAGCCUCAAAUGGGACGUGGAGGUCAAGGCGGUCGAGGACCUCCACCAAAACCGAAACCAAAACCGAAACCAAAACCGAAGCGAAAGGGUAGGGGACACGGUGGGGGACGGGGUGGAAAAACCAUCCAACAAGUCCCGGUUUGCAAAAGCAUCCUUGUCACUGGCUUUUCAGACAUUACCCAUGAUUUUCUUGAACUGUACUUUGAGAGUCGUCGAAAUGGUGGGGGUCCUGUGGAGAAGGUUCACCAUGUUCCUAAAAGUAGUCAAGCUGUGGUUGUGUUUCAAGAUGCAAAAGGUUUGUAGGUCACUGAUCUCUAAAAUAUAAGUAUAGUGUAAUUCCCUCAGGCACGAAUAAUCGACAUCUGAUCCUCCAACAUACGUAGCAAAUAUUGAUUGCCCCGAUUUAAGACUUGAGCUACACAUUAGACUUAAGGAGGGAUGAAUUAGUAUUUAGAUCGUGAAUUGAUCGAUUGUUUGAUUAAUUGAUUGAUUGAUUGAUUGAUCUACUCCGCCCCAACAACCCCAUCGUCCUUACUCUGUGCGUCUCUCUCAAAUUAAAGUGUCGUGAAGUGUUGUGAAACGACAAACAACUUCCUCAAGGAAAUUCCUGACACCUAGUUGCUUUAAUCAAUAGAUAUGGAAAGAGUGUUAACCAGACAUGAAGAGAAACCUUAUGAGAUUGAACAAACCCAGCUGUCAAUUAGAGCUUACCGAGAGUUUCUAGAAGACGAAGACGAAGACGUUGAUGGAGCGGAGGAUUCCGGUGACUUAGGAGCUACUGCAACCGCGGCCAGUGAAUCUCGAGUGAGCCAGAAACCUGAUGCCAAAGCACAACAGCUGCACAUAGCUGUAGAUCCCGAUGUUAUGGAAUACGUCACGUCUACAGGAUUCCAAGCUCAACUGAACAAUUCACUGUCUGGAAAAAAGAGCGAAAUCACCUGGAAACCCAACAGCAAAAUGGCUGUAAUAGUGUACCGUGGGGAAGAUGACAGUGAUUCAUGGCAAUCUGAAUGCAUUGACCAAGUACAAAUUUACCUCGGCAAGUUUGCGAAGUGCGAUGUGCAGGUCAACAAGGAUUUCUGGGAAGCCGUUGUAGCAAAAGUUCCCAGCAUUCGCACCUGCUUAGGAGUUGAUCCCCCGCUGAUCAAGACUAUUCCUGAUUCAAAUAUUGCUAGGAUCGUUUCAUUAGGAACAAACGUGAAAAGCAACGAGAAUAAGGUGAAGUCAAAGUUGGAAGAAAUAUACCGCGAGGAGACCAGAAAAACUUACCUGAAGAAGAAAAUUCCAAAUGUUCCUAAGGAGCGCCUAAUUUUGCUGAAGAAGAUAAAAUUUGCCGAGAAACUCCAAGAAAAGAACAAGGAGCUGGAGAUCAAGAUUAAUACUGAAGGUAAAGAAAUAUAUUUCGAAGGUCCCCAGCCACAGUUUACUGAGGCAACCAUGAAGUUCGAGAAACAAAUGGCAGAUGUGGUUGAGAAGAAACUGACUUUACCCGACAGCAUCCUGGAGAUUUUAAACUCAGAUGAGGGGCUUCAGACUGUCAAAUGUGAAUUGGAAAGAAACAACGUGGAAGCAGUGUUCGUUAUUGAGAAAGAAGCCACCAUAGUGGGAUCAUCAGCAGCGCAUGCAAACAACGCAGCGGGGCUCGUGAACAAGUUGACGGUGGAAGAGAAAGUUCGAGUGGACGAGAAAAGCAAGCAUUUGUUGAAGUCAUCUGAAUGGCUGAGGUUGUGUGGCGAGAUGAACCAAACGGCUGUCCGUGUCCGGAGGGACAACUGGAACGAUACAUACGUAGCUGGGUUUCGUGAUGACGUGACCGAAGUGAUAAAGAAGUUAAAUACCUUUCUUGAAAACAAUUGCAUCAGGGAGGAAAGUUUUGUGUGCACGUCUGAUAUUAUGCGAAGGUAUCUUCUUGAGCUACGUCAAGAAGAUCUACGCACCAUAGAGAAUCAACUAAAAGAUUUUGUAGUGAGUAUUAAAAAGGGAAAAGACGAUGAUGAUUUCGUCAUUUCUGGAAACAGAGAUGGUUUGAAACGUGUAGGAAAGAAGCUUGAUGCUCUGAUGGAUUCCACUGAGUUCAAAACCUUUGAAGUGAAACAGCCAGGCCUUCGAAAAUACUUUGACAGUGGAAAAGGAGAUCAGCUGGUGAAAAUGGUGGAAAAACAACAAGACUGUGUCAUAAAAGUCCAGAAAAGUUUAGUUCGAGGAGGAAAGGAAGAGGAGCUGCGCGUCGAAUCUGUUUUUGAAGCCUCUACUACUUCAGGCGACGGUGAAGAUGAUGCGGAGGAUGACCACGCUACCACUACUGGAACUGACUCGUCUACCCUGGUAAUAGCCCAAAGGUACAGAGUGUCGUGGAAACCUGGAAACAUAGGGGAAGAGAAGGUGAGAUCGACUCACUGAUUUCUUCACACCAGCAGAAUAUUUUACGAAAAUACCUUAGAGGAUCUUGUUGGCACAUAUAUGGAUUUUAAAGGAAGAUGUUUUUCGUCUUGUCACGAGCGUGUGACAAAGAAAAAAAAUCUGAGUCGCCAUGAGGAAUCGAACCUCAGACCCUUGGAUUCCGCGCUCCGAUGCUCUACCACUGAGCCACAUUAUGAAGUUCAUAUAACACGCGUGCUAGGAUCAGCAAUGUCGAUAGCGUAAUGUUUGCAGAUGGAAACAAGAGAGAUGGUAGUUUUUGAGCUCCGUAAAGAAAUAAAGAAAAAUGUUUUUCGUCUUGCCACGAGCAUGGGACAAGACGAAAAAAUGUUUCUUUAUUUCUUCACCCAGCUCAAAAACUUACCAUUCCUCUUAUAUGGAUUUUAGUUCUUCACUUAGCUCUCAUCUGCUCAUAGAGUGUGGUUACAUUAUGUAACGCCUCUCUAAUUAGGAGUGCCAAGUCUGAUAACGAUUACAGUCAACCAUAUUGAAGAAGUUCAUGAAGCACUGACAAUAUUUUUUUGGUUGUGUCUUCCAGGCUGACGUACUUGUCAGUUCUCUAGGAGCAUGCCAUAAAGCAAUCAUUAACACCGGUGGCCCCAAGUCCAAAAUCCCCAACGUUGGUGACAUCACUGUCUCAGGUGGUUUUUCCUCGGUCAGUCACGUGAUUCUCGCUAACUGUUGUAAGUGGAACAACGGUGAAGGGGAGCCGGUAAGAAACAAUGAAAAUACAUUGAAGAGUACUUAUUGUUUAGAUUUGAUUAAAGCCUAAACGAUGUCGGAUGCCCGACUGGCGAAUCCUAUCCAUUCUCUUGUAGCAUACAGCAACUGAAGACUGUUCAGGCUCGAUUUGAUGUUAUUUCCGAUGUAGGUUAUCGUGAAACAUUCCGUCAUGUCAGACAUGGUUUGAUGCUACUCUGGUUUAAAGAUAUAAUGAAUGUAACCGAGAAGUUACAAUUCAUAGACCCAAUAUUUCGACAUUCCUGUCUAAUGCCUUCAUCAGGGGUGAUCUAAAUGCUGCAACCAGAGGUCUCUUUAUACGCUCACCAAUUAGCUGCCUUUUUUCUAACGAGGUGUAAAUGGGCGUCAGGAAGUAGGCCGCCAUCAUCACGAUUUAGAGGAGCGUGGACGGAGUUAAUAUGCCAGGCUUCCAAACAAAGGCGCUGGUGGUAACACCGACUAGUAAUGAUAAUUUUAGACUUAUUCCACUGAAUUGUAGGGUUGGUUAGGCAUGUGUGCUCCGAUAAAGCUAAAUUUUCUUUUUUAUAAAAGAAAACCGCUUUUUGAUGCUCUUUCAAACGUGUACCAAACUGACGUUUGGUCUGUCCGAUACUCGUUAUCACAGUCAUUGCAAGGAAUAGAAUAAAUAGCGUCGGUUCGUUGUUCUUUCGUAACAGGACCAUUCUCUUCGGGAAUGAUCAAUCGUAUAUGUAACGACACAGUUAUUGCAUAAAGUAACUUUCAGUUUCUGGUAUCAUUCGACAGUCUUAAUCAGAAAUUUUGUAGAGUUAGUGAGAGCAAAGAUCUUCCUAGAAAAAAACAAAAUGAGAUGUGAAAUUUUCACUACCAAGAAAGAAUUAAUUAGGGCUAAAGGUAAUUUCCGUGAAGUUAUAAUUCAAACAUCCUCGAUCCUGAUCCUGAUCCUGAUCCUGAUCCUGAUGUUCUCUGGUGUGAACAUCCUGCAUGGCGCCCUCUCAAUAUCCUCUGAAAAUGUUAACAAAAUUCAAGUUUCAGAUAACUUUGAUCCCCGGAAAACAAAUUCCAAGAAAACUAAAAAUAGCUUGAACGGGAGUCAGUUUUUUAACCUUUUUAAGGUCACUCUUUAAGGAGUGACUAGUCAGUUUUUUUUUCUCCUCCCAUUAUCAAUCCAUUAUCAACCGGAAAGGCGACGGGAAGAAGGAAAAUAUACCAAUAAGGGGAUAUUGCAUGACUUAACGCCAAAUUUUAAGUGCCAAACUCAAAAGAAAUGUACAGAAGACAGUGUGGAGAAUUGCUAUUGAGAUCACAUAGGAACGAAAAGAUUUUCAACAACUUCUAUUUCAUCUUUUGUAGACGCUAAGGGCCAUCGUUCAAAAGUGUCUGAAAAGAGGCCAAACGCUUGGAGCGAACUCCAUUGCAUUUCCUGUCAUUGGGACUGGAAACCUGCGCUUCCCACGCGAUGCAGCCUCGAGAAUCAUGUUGGAUGAAACAGUCAAUUUCUGCAAAACCAACCCUGGUUCUAAUUUACGGGACAUCCGAUUUGUCGUGUUUAACCAAGAUCAAGCAUUAACUACCGCCUUCAAACAAGAGAUGGACAAACUACAGCCCAAGCAAACUAGCCUCCCUGCCAUCACGACUUUAACUAAAGGAAUACGUUCCUUCUUUGGACGGAAGAAAACAGUGGGGACAUUUCAGCAAGAACAUCAGAGGCAUUCGUUUUCUCCACAAGUAGGUGUGGCUCAGCGCAUAACCUUAACUAGCCCGUUCAGUAUCGAGGUGAUAAAUGGUGAUUUGACGCAAGAGAACAGCACUGACGCUAUCAUGAAUAUCAACAGCACGGACAUGAACAUGAAUAAUGCCGGAGACCUAAGCAAAGCCAUAGCAAGACGGAGUGGUCGACUUGUGCAACAAGAAUGCAACAAAUUGGGAAAGCAGCGUCCUGGAACAGCGAAAAUGACCAGCGGAGGUGAUUUACGAGUGCCUCAUAUUAUUCACAUAAUUCCAGGCUCCUCAGAUAAGCACCAUCUCCAGCAAUGUUUGGAGGAGGGUCUUCGCGUUGCGGAUGCCAAUAAUCUUCAAACAAUCUCAAUUCCGUGUGUUGGCACAGAAGGAUACGGCUUGAACGGAGCGGACUCAGCCCAACUGACGUUCAAAGCACUAAAUGCAUUCCGUGCCCGCCGUAAAAAUAUUCAAAAAGUAAGAGUGGUCGUGUUCCAGGCCUCUAUGAUGCAGGAGUUUCUACAAGAGCAGAAGAAACAACUGGUGCAAGGUAUUAAAGAAGACAGUGACUCAGAGGAUGCAGUAGCCAGGCAAACCCGAAGACGCGGACGUAGGCAGGCACCAGGCCAAAGUGAUGAACAUUCUGUAAGAAUAUCUGUGAUCGGCAAAGACAAGGUGAGCGUGGGAAAAGCCGUGGAAUCCUUGAAGAAAGGUUUCUCUGACGCUUGUACAACGGAAAAAGUCGAAAAUGAAAUCGUCAGUCAGCUUUCCGAUAAGCAGAAAGAUAUCCUGAGAAAAAAGGCUGAAGACCGUGACGUCAAACUUGAAAUUGAGGAUGACGUUGAUCGCAUUGUCGUUCGUGGUGGACCAACCGAAGUUUCUGGAAUGGUCGGGGAGAUCCGGAAAGAGAUCAGCGAGAGGACGAAGAAGCAGGAGGAAGAACAAGCGAAGUUGGUUUCAAAGAACGUAGAGUGGAGCUAUGAAAUACAAGGCAUACAAAUGGCGUUCGCUCCGAAAACAAAUGCCAAGAUUGAGUUGGCCUACAGCAAAGACGAGCCAACAGUGCAAGUUUCUCUACGAAGAGACAAGUUUGUUAUCGACUUGAAGAGAAACUCUGGACGUGGACAAACAUCUGGUGAACAAAUAACACUGACAAGAAAGGUGAAGGGUGCUGAUGAAGGUUAGUUGCUAUGCAUUUCUUUUGAAGAGGAUGUUUCGAUAAGCUUUAAGAAAGGACUGAGAGCUAUUUCAUGUCCCAGAGGACGUUUAAGGUAAUAAACAUUUAAUACAGGAAGGAGAUAUUCAGAAAAGCUGUCCAAAAAUGGGCCAUCCAGAGCUUUCUUGUUAAUCUUGUAUGUGUCUUACCUCAAAUAUGUUCUUGGAUGUUGAAAUUUAACCUCAGUCAAUGGGUUUUCAUUUCAACAUUCUAAUCUUUUGGUCCUUUCUGUAGGAAUUGCUCUGCCAAAGCACUGGACACCAAUGCCCGGGCAUGACUCUACUGUACAUAAAGUACAACUGCUCCCAGGCUCCCCUGAGUAUCAAGAUGUCGUACGUAAGUUUAAAGCCACAGCCGGUGCCUUAAAUAUUCAGAAGAUUGAACGCGUACAGAAUCCUCAUUUGUAUCAGUCCUACAUGGUAAGAAAACAGAAAAUGGAUAAAGAUACUGGAGGAAAUAGUGAAAGACAGCUGUUUCAUGGAACAAAUGCCAAAAACGUCAACCAUAUCAACACACAAGGAUUCAACAGGAGCUUCUGUGGGGCUCAUGGUAAGUCAACGCUCUACCAUUGAGCUACAGACUCUAUGAUGAGCAGGGUAUUCAAGUGGAUAAUAUGUGGCACACUUUCCACAUACUGCUAGGAUCAUAGCUUUCGAAAGCUUCGUGUGGGAAAAAGGAGCAGUAAAGAAAUAUUUUCCAGCGAUUGUUCCUAACCAGUGAAAGCGUAUUUUUGGCUAAGCUAAUUGUGUUUUGGCCACUAUUCUAUUCAUAUAUUUGUCCACCUUUGCUACCUAGUUACUCAGACGUUGCACGAGCUCUGGCCGAAUCGCUCUUUUGAACCAGAAAAUGGUAAUAAAAGCUGUAUUAAUAGAAGAAGAAUACAAUUGCCUCUUUCAUAACAAAUAACUUCACUGAAUGUAUUAUGAUUUUGUUGAUAUCUUUUCUCUAAACUGAGCAUUUUUUUCAGGCACGCUCUAUGGACGUGGUGUUUAUUUCGCCAGAGACGCUUACUACUCUGUUCGAUACGCUGGGGGUGGUGGUUUUGGAGGGCGCCACAUGUACCUUGCUAAGGUUCUCGUUGGGCAGUAUUGUGUUGGAAAUUCUUCAAUGAUUGUGCCUCCACCAAAAAACCCAUCAAAACCUGAAAUUCUUUACGAUUCUGUGGUAAAUAACCAAUCAAGCCCCAGCAUCUUUGUUGUUUUCUUUGAUAAUCAGUGUUACCCUGAAUACCUUAUAACCUUUUGAUGAGUACAUGGACCUUUACUCAGAAUACGGCAGAGUUAAAAGCCAAAAAGGCUUGAAAUGCUUUAUAGUUCAACUUAGUUUAUCAGCUAUAUGAAUUGCAGAAAAUCGUUCUCCUUCACAGUGUAGGGAACAUCAUAUAGAUAUUGGUAAUAGUUUCUCAAUAGCAUUCUUUACUGUCUCAACUCAAAGAUUAUUCUUUAUCCUAUAAAUUGAAUGAUUAUAUCCUUGGAGCUAGAGGGCCCUUGUUAUGCCAAACAAAGUAAAAUCCAGCUGAACGCUUUUUAUCACUACAGUGGAGUUACCACUAGCCUACAGGCGACAGUUGUCAUUUUUUCACGUUUCUUGGGCGAGCGUAGGGAAACGCGAGACAUGCGCGGGGACCACGACAUAGUGGUGUUCCUCGCCCCACGCGUUCACCUCGCGCUUGCCCCGUUUUCUCUCUUGGAAAAGAAAAGAGUUCUGCUGUUCUCAAAACGGUAUUUUCCUUUUUACCGCCAGACUGACAAACAAUAUUUUGUUAUAUCAAUUUUCUACCAAAAAUAAAACUGGCGAAAGAGGAGAAUUUCGAAAAAUAUGCGUACCUUUUUGAGAAAUGACAGUGACGUCUCUAAGAUGACAUUUGAUUUAUGAUGUAAAAGAUUUACUGAAUAGAGACUUAGAGAAGCAUUUAUUUUUUAGUUGGCAGCCAAAAGCUCGGUCAGAAAGUGUGGCAUAGUAUUACCCACGGGUUUCACGAAC